AUGAACUUUGUUUUAUCCCCAUACGAGAGCCAAGGUGACACCCUCAUAACCCUCACCCUGGUUCCAGUGGAGCCAGACACCCAGCCAGCAGGCAGCAGCCAGCCAGCAAGCAGCCAGUCUGUGUCACCCCAGAAUCCUCUGCCUGUCACCCCUGUCUCCACUGGACGUGCCACCAUGGGAAAGAGGAAAAGGAGCACUGAGCCAGACCUCUCCGAAUUUCAGAAGAGCAUUCUGGGCAACCUGACCCUCUCCCUGCUGCUUCUCAGCAUAGUGGGCAGACUGAUGGGGCUGGAGGUGGUUGAGGCAUUUCAGGAAGAGACUCAGGGGAAAGGGGUGUGUUUGGAAUUCAUAGAGACUGUCCGCAGAGAAACUAUUGUCAGUGAUGCCAGACGAACAGCCCUCACAAUUCAAGCCUCGACUGCGAGGGUGAUUCUGAUCUUUUGCUGGUACACAGAAGCAAAGAAAGUUUUUCUGGAGCUGGCCAAGAUAAAUGUGACUGACAGACAGUUUCUGGCAAGUGAAGCUUGGAGCACCAGUGAUGAUCUUCUUCAAGAUCUUGCCAUCUCUGAUGUGGCAAGUGGUGUUCUAGGUGUGGCCAUUCGUAGUUCAACAAUACCUGGAUUUGAAAGUUAUUUAAAAAAUUUGUACCCAGUUCAUCGUCCAGAUGAUGAAUUCUUACGAGAAUUCUGGGAAAUGGAGUUUGAAUGCAGUUCUGGAGCUACGCAAGAACAAGCUUCUCUAGCCCCUUGCAGUGGCACCGAGUCCCUGGCGGGAGUUCAGAAUCACUUCACUGACACCUCCCAGUUGCGGGUGACAUAUAAUGUCUACCUUGCUGUUUAUGCUGCAGCCCACGCCCUUCACAGUGUUCUGUCCUGCCCUGACAGAGACAGUUCUCCCAGAAACAACAGCUCCACCUGCUCCUCUCCAAAACAUAUCAAACCCAUAGAGCUGUUGCAACACUUGAACAAAGUGAAUGUCACCACACCACACGGGGACAUGUUUUAUUUCCAAGGUGCCGACAUUCCAGCAAAGUACGACCUUGUCAACUGGCAGAACACCCCUAAAGGGUCUCUCAAACUUGUUUUGAUUGGUCGUGUGGACGGGUCUGACCUUCACCUUAAUGAGUCAGCUAUUCAGUGGAGCACAGGAUCCAAUCAGGUGCCUACUUCAGUGUGCAGUGAGAGCUGUCCCCCAGGUACCCGAAUGGCUGAAAGGAAAGGAGAACCUCUCUGCUGCUUUGACUGUAUCCCAUGUGCUGAAGGGGAGAUAAGCAAUAAAACUAGUUCCCAUCACUGUGAGCGCUGUGCAUCUGAGUUCUGGUCAAAUGCUGAUCAAACUGCCUGCAUCCCUCGCCAGCUGGACUUCCUUUCCUUUAAUGAGACUUUGGGCAUUACUCUGACUGCAGUAGCUGUGUCUGGUGCUGUGGUGACAACAGCUGUGUUUGUGGUGUUUCUCUACUAUCGUCAAACACCAAUGGUUCGAGCCAACAAUUCAGAACUGAGCUUUCUGCUUCUCCUGUCGCUGAAGCUCUGCUUCCUGUGCUCACUGGUGUUCAUUGGUCGUCCAUCAGUCUGGGCUUGUCGGUUCCAGCAGGCAGCUUUUGGGAUCAGCUUUGUACUUUGUGUCUCCUGCCUCCUGGUGAAAACCUUGGUAGUUCUUGCUGUUUUCCGUUCAGCUCGGCCUGGUGCUGAGGCUUUGAUGAAGUGGUUUGGUCCCGGCCAGCAGAGAGGAAGUGUCUGCCUCUUUACAUCUAUACAGGUUAUCAUCUGUGCCAUAUGGCUGUCCCUCAGCCCCCCGGUGCCUCAACGUGAUCUGGGUUUCAAAGGGUCAAAGGUCACCCUGGAGUGUGCCAUGGUCUCUGUGGUGGGCUUCUCUCUGGUUCUGGGUUACAUUGGUCUGCUGGCCUGCACCUGUCUCCUCCUGGCCUUUCUUGCUCGGAAACUCCCUGACAACUUCAAUGAGGCCAAACUGAUCACCUUCAGCAUGCUGAUAUUCUGUGCUGUCUGGGUGGCCUUUGUCCCUGCUUACGUUAGCUCUCCUGGAAAGUAUGUUGUAGCUGUGGAGAUUUUUGCAAUCCUGGCCUCUAGCUAUGGUUUGCUGCUUUGCAUUUUUGCCCCCAAAUGUUUUAUCAUUCUCUUGAGGCCUGAGAAAAACACAAAGAAGCACCUGAUGGCCAGGUAG